AUGCCAAAUCCAACGGAAGAUAUGUGGAUAUCUAUUGCCAAUGACUACAAUAAAAUUUGGAACUUCCCAAAUUGCGUAGGUGCUUUAGAUGGCAAACAUGUCAACAUUCAAGCUCCUCCAAAUAGUGGGUCGUUGUACUUUAAUUACAAGAAGACGUUCUCAGUAGUCUUAAUGGCUCUUGUUGAUGCUAAUUACGAAAGGAAUGAAACUUACAUUAAUGGACCUAAUGAUAAAGGACUAGAAAACUUACCUAUGCAAGGUGGUAAUGCUACAAAGGAUGCCUUUUAUGUACGAGAAAAAUUUAAGGAUUAUUUUAAUUCAGAAGUUGGAUCUGUAUCGUGGCAAGAAAGUAUAAUUUAA